AUGUUCUCAUGUUUGGAUGGUGUGUGUAUCUGUGCAGGUCAUCAUCAUUGCAUGGUUGAUGUCCAACUGGAAGCCGCGAGGAUUUGCAGAAUAACCGCGUUCACAGAUAAACGGAAAUAUCGACAAAUCAGGUGACAUCAUGAGCAAAGUGCAGGGAGGGAUGAAAUGCGUGAAAUAUCUGCUUUUCGUUUUCAACUUCAUCUUCUGGCUGUCGGGCCUGUUGGUGCUGGCUGUGGGACUUUGGCUCAGGUUUGACCCAGACACAGUGGAGCUGCUGACGGAUGACAGCGCCCCUGACACCUUCUUCAUAGCUGUGUACAUCCUCCUCGGUGCAGGAGGGUUGAUGAUGAUUGUCGGGUUCUUCGGUUGUUUUGGGGCUGUGCGUGAGUCUCAGUGUCUUCUUGCAUCGUUCUUUGCUUGCCUUCUGAUAAUCUUCGGAGCUGAGAUCGCCGCUGGUGUGUUUGGAUUCAUAAACAAGGAACAGAUUGUCGAGGAAGUCCAAAAGUUUUACAGGAACUCUGUGGCUGACGUCACCAAUCCUAACGGCACCGCAAUCGCAAUAAUUUACCAAAAAACUCUGAACUGCUGUGAGGGCUCCAUAUCAGACACCACCGUUGAACCUUGCAAAGAUGCAGAGGAUGGGGAAAAAACCAAGGACUGUCUCGCUGCAAUAACAGAGUUCUUCAAUGAAAAGCUGCAUAUUAUUGGAUACAUAGGGAUUGGGAUCGCAGGAGUCAUGAUCAUAGGAAUGAUCUUCAGUAUGGUUCUGUGUUGCGCCAUCAGGAACAACAGGGAGGUUAUAUAGUCGGUGAGUUGACCCCCCCCCACAACCCCCACCAGCCGGCCCACUGAUCCCUUCGUAAUCAACCUGUCUGCGUAAAGAAGGGAAACACCAAAGUUACAUUUCAAUGUCAUUUCUCAUAGUCCAGAGUGAUCUGGUGGGGGAGUAUCACAAAGAGAGAGUACGGUACAUCCCAGGUGUCCACGGGCCAAAUUCAACACGAUACGCUGGAUCGUUAUCUUCACACCUUCUCCUCAACUCCACCAGCACUGAAAAUUUAUUUCUCUGUUCUUUUUCCCGUAACACAUGCUCUGCUUUUGGCACAACUCUGUGACAUUCCUCCGUCUUAACAUCUGUUUGUUACACAGUGCUGCGCUGUAGCUACAGCACAGUACACGAAGCCUUCUUUGACACAGGAAUGUUGUGACUGCUGUAAAUACGGACAGCUAUUUUAUGCACCUGCUGUUAACAUUUAUUGUGCCCUUUUUAUGUAAUCAAUACUACUUUGUGUGCUUAAAUGUUUUGAGGACUAGCCUACCUUUGCUGAGUAAAUUUCCAUGAUGUGCCUAUGUAGUCACACAGACGUCCAGCUACCACACUAUUUACCUAUCCCUUGUGAUUUGAAUAUGAUGUAAAUAAGCUCUCUGUCACCACCCUCAAGUAUUUCUACUCUAAAGCACAAUGGUGGAAGUGUGGAUAUGAUAUCAACCCAAAGGGUUAGGGAAGGUCUGAUGAUAAACUGCCACUCUGUGAAUCUCCAAAUUCAACUAAAAGGUCAUGAGUAACACUAUGUUUUGAGCUCUUCUGGAGCAUGUGUGAACUGUAACAGUGAGCUAGUUUGCAUUUUGUGUGAGUUAUUUUGGAUGUAAAUUUUGUUGGUGUGCCAAUAAGAUGUGAAUUUUAGAAUAAUAUAGUUUAUGCCAUACUGUUAACCGUAAUAAAACAAAAAUAUU